CUCCCAUUAGUCCCAACAACAUCUCCAAAUCAAACUCCUCUUAGCCUAAUUAACUAGCUAGCCUACUUUGCUUUAGUCUCAAGCAAGCUAACAAAAGAGAUUGAAAAAAAUAAUGUCCCAAUCCCAACCUCAACUUUACCCUGAGGUUCGCGGCGGCGACGGCGGUGGCAUUUUCGUCAUCCCGACGCCAAAUUUUCCAUUCAUACCACCGCCGCCAGACCAUUUCACGUGGUCCUACUACUCCAACAGACCAAUGGCGAUAAGUUUUUGCAUUGUGGGGGCCAUCUUGUUCUCCGGCAUUCUCGCGUCCCUCGCCAGCCGUCUUUUCGGGAGAGCCGACGACAAAAAGGGCGGCAAGAAGAAGGGAUCAAAGAAGAACAAGGGCAAGGGGAAGGACAAGUUCCCGGGGGAGUGGUCAGGAAAGAGCAAAGGGGAUAUAGAGAUGGGGUUUGGCGGGAAGAAGAAGCAUGGUAAAGAAAGCUCUUCUAGUAAUAGUAAAAAAAGCUCUUCUAGUAAAAACCACAAGAAGUUACCAAGUGGUGGAGAUGUGGAGAUAUCCUUUGUGUAGAAAUCAAUAUGGAACUUUAUA